AGCGCCGGCUCUGCAGGAGCUGCCCUGCUGAGCAAAUCAACAGCAGCACAACAAGGCGGCAAAAACGAGCCAAACAUCCAAACACAGAGCAAACGCUGGAGCCAGAGCCGGAGAGACAGAUGAGAUGGUAGGGGAGAAAGAAAGUGGGGCACACGCACAUUAGUGACAACAUCAGCAGGCAAGUCCAAGGAAAGAGCUUGGGCUCGGAGAGGCAGAGAAAGGGAAGGAAGAUGGAAAAAGUGCUGAUGGCAGAAGUGUGAUGGUUCACCCCCCCAGGACCUGAGAGUGACCCCCUCCACCCCUGUGGGUUUCCUCCUGCCCUUUCUCUGUAUCCAUUCUCUGACCCUAUACCCUCCUCCUUCACCCCCCUCUCUCACAUACCAUCGCUCGCGCACCAUUCCCACAGUCAGACCAGGCGGAGAGAGCUGCCUGUAUCGCAUCUCUGCCUCUCUGUGCUCGUCUCCUGCUCCUCUUCCAUUCAGCUGCAUUCGCACGCUCUGCGGAGGAAAUCCUCAUGGAAAAGCCUUCAGAAGCUCGGCAUCAGAGGAAAGACGAGAAACAAGACAACCUGUGGGGGAAUGAUUUCAAGAUCUUGCAAAAAAUAACUAAGGAGUCCUUGUUCCUUUUAGUGUGUUGAUGAUUGACUUAUUGUGCCGUCUCUUUUCUGAAAGGAAGGAUCACGAGAGGAAAGUACUGCAGAUCUGUUUUACUUCAAGAAAUGAACAAAGGAAGACUGGAGGAGCCUAAAAGGAACUUUAGAAGAAACAAGACAAUCUGAACACAAAUCCACAAAAGGAAGGAAUUCAAGACAUAACAAAAAACUUGAAAGACUCUGUGUUCCUGCCAGUCUUGUUCGUCCUGGGUUCUGACUGCCCCUCAAAAGCUCAGCCAUGCAGGUGUCCAUCGCCUGCACGGACCACAACCUGAAAAGAGGAAAUGGAGACCACAGCAAGCAGAGUGCCACCAGCCCCAACGUGGUGAACCAAGCCAGGGCCAAGUUUCGCACCGUGGCCAUUAUUGCUCGCAGCUUUGGCUCCUUCACUCCACGCCACAUCUCACUCAAAGAGUCAACAGGGAAACAUACAGGCAUGAAGUACAGGAACCUUGGGAAGAGUGGGCUCAGAGUGUCCUGCUUAGGACUGGGUACCUGGGUCACAUUUGGAGGACAAAUAACAGACGAGGUUGCAGAGCAGCUAAUGACCAUAGCCUAUGAAAGUGGAGUCAACUUGUUUGACACAGCAGAGGUCUAUGCCGGCGGCCGGGCCGAAAUCAUUCUAGGAAACAUUAUCAAGAAGAAAUGCUGGAGGCGAUCAAGCUUUGUCAUCACCACAAAACUUUAUUGGGGAGGAAAAGCAGAGACAGAGAGAGGACUAUCAAGAAAACACAUUAUUGAAGGUCUAAAAGGCUCUCUACAGCGAAUGCAGUUGGAAUAUGUUGAUGUAGUAUUUGCAAACCGCCCAGACAGCAAUACUCCCAUGGAGGAGAUCGUUCGAGCAAUGACCUAUGUGAUAAACCAGGGCAUGGCCAUGUACUGGGGGACUUCCCGAUGGACUGCCAUGGAGAUCAUGGAGGCCUAUUCGGUGGCCAGGCAGUUUAAUCUGAUCCCUCCAGUGUGUGAGCAAGCGGAGUAUCAUCUCUUCCAGCGCGAGAAAGUCGAGGUGCAACUGCCCGAACUUUACCACAAGAUAGGAGUCGGGGCAAUGACAUGGUCACCUCUGGCAUGUGGCAUCAUAACUGGAAAAUAUGAAAACGGCAUCCCAGAAUCUUCAAGGGCCUCCAUGAAGUCUUAUCAGUGGUUAAAGGAGAAAAUAAUAAGUGAAGAUGGACGAAAGCAGCAAGCCAAGCUGAAGGAGCUCAACCACAUUGCAGAGAAGCUGGGCUGUACCCUGCCCCAGCUGGCCGUGGCCUGGUGUUUAAGAAACGAAGGAGUGAGCUCUGUCCUGUUGGGAACAUCAAACCCUGAACAGCUGACUGAAAACCUCGGGGCCAUCCAGGUCCUUCCAAAGAUGACCUCACAUGUGGUUUCGGAAAUUGACCAUAUCCUGGGCAACAGACCGUACAGUAAGAGAGACUACCGCUCCUAGACUCAGCUGGUGGACACCAAGGGGAAGGCUGUACCUUCCCUCUUAACCUCUGCCACCUUGGACUCUCAGUUUCGGCGUUCAUGUCCGUGGUCCUCACCUUGGACCUCCGUUCACUUCAGCCUGGAAUGGACAGCCAUGUCCGGAGGGGCUGCAUACUGUGUCUGUUUGAGACGUCUCCCACUUCUCCAGCUUCUAUACCACCAAGGUCAUCUCAGGUGCAGUCUAGCUCAGCUGAAAGAAUUGUUCAGAAAGUAAAUGUAAAAUCCUGGUGUCACACAAACACGCAGGUAUGCAGACCUUCAAGAAGCGACUGUCAAAGCUUUGAUUUGCUGACAUGGUCAAAAUGUUACAUCCUCCAGAUCCAGUUCUUCUCAUCUUGAAUAACAAGACAUACAGUCUCGGACCUGCAGAUGAUCCUUUCUGUCUGGUUCUUAUACACAAACACAGUCAUCCAAGGCAUAGCUGGAAUGAAUGCACUGACAUUUGUGGGGCAUUUCCACUUUUUGGAGGUAUUUAGAGUUGAUGUGCCUUGCUCGAGAGCACCUUUAUUUAUUUAUUUUUUACCCAUGGAACCAGAUCGAUUUCCCACUCCAGCAUUGGUGUGUCUGCCUGCUUAAAUUUCAGACCUUUACAACAAAUAAAUUAAUCUGAGCAUAAAAAAUCUCUACUGGACCAAUAUUUUAUUUAUGAGAGCACCUCAGCUGAAUUCAUGAGUGCCAGCUACUCGGAUUUGGAUGGACCUCAGAUGAGUGAACACACGGAAGCUUCAGCUGCAUGCUGAAUGCAGAUCACUUAGUCAGUGCUUUCAUUAAUACACAGUGCAGAAAAACAGAAUUUGCAUAUGUGCUUCAAAACGUUCGCCUUCUGUGUCAAAGGUGCGAGCUCAAGUCGUAAAGUCGAUGAGACGGCAAGGCGACCCAUUAAAAAGAGCUUUAUGAAAAUGUACAAAGCCUCCUCACCCUGUCACCCAAAACUAGCUUUAAGGUACUUUAAAAGUGUAAUUUAUUCUAUAUUUGAAACUGAAUAUCACAAAAGUAGCUUUCAGUGAACCUCAGCGUAUCAACCAACAGAUGCAUGUUUCAGAUAGUGUGCCUCUAAUCUAUCUCUCUUUUUUUUAAAUAAAUGCAUAAUAUAAAAAGUUUAAGUAAACAGAAAAGUAAAAGCUUGCCUGCUGUAGCAGAGGAUUGUGGGACAUCAAGGAAAGCAAUUUGGACUCAGAAAGGAAGCAGAGUGGUAAAAUGUGAAGCAUGUCGCCCCCUGGUGGUCAAUUUGAUGAACUCUGCUUCAUGUAAAAAAAGGAGAAAGUUCCUUUCCUACCCAAAAGUUUAAAAAGAGUUUGCAUUUAUUGAUUAUGAAAAACAAUGCUUGUGCACUCAAACUGCAUUUAAACAUUAAAAGAAGCUUGCAUUUAUGAACUGAAGUUAACAGAGGCCUGGAUUAGUCCUGGUCUGCUUACAAAAACUGCAGAAACUGCUUGGUAAUGAUGCAACGAGGCAAAUGUACAAGUUAUUUGGGAUGUGACGAAGGUGAAUCAUAAUAUUUAUUCAUACAGUAGAGUCCUUAAAUAUUACUUUUAUUUCUACAUCUUGCAAUUCAUUUCUGUUUUAAAAUGUUUAUAUAUUAAAUAUAAUAUUACACCUUGUAAAAUAAUAAAAACCACGUGGAAAGCUCCAUUACAAAUAAACACUCUGCUGUAUUGUAAGGCUAAGAUAUAAAUAGGAUGUAAAUAGAGUUGCAGUCACAUCAGUUGCAGUGUUGUUUCCAGAGAGGUGUGUUCAUUGUUAUAUCUUUUUCAUGUUAUGUUGACUCAAACAAGACUUGUGGUCACUGACUUGAUGAGUUCAUGAGGAUGGGGGGGGGGGGGUAUGUGCGUCUUUUUGGUUGUUUUGGGGAAAGAAGCCAUCACUGAGACCAGCAGACGUCCCAGUCUUCACUUUUGUUGAGGUUUGUUGACUCGUGGCACAAACCACCCUGUAAAUGUUCGUUACACACUGGCCCCCCUGCAGGAUUAACCAACAGUGCUUCAAAAAGGCUCAAUGACCCGCCCCUUUAAAUUAAAAAGUUAGAAACUGGAGGAAUGUUUGCUCUAUUGGGUUUUCCUUCCAUGCAGCUUGAUGUGAAAAAACAUGUGACUUUAUUAUUUUUGCUGCCUUUGAAUGCGUUUCAACACCACAGCCUGGCAGAGUGCCUUGACCAGAGUCCUGCAACAGAUUUACCUUCAGGGAUGUCCUUAAUCACAUGUCAGUGUUGGGACUAUGAAGUAAAAAGGUGAAGUUAGAAAAAAAUAUGUAUUUUUUACAAAGGUAAACUGGAAAAUUUCAUGCUUUUUCACUGAUGAAGGUGUCAUGUUUAGUUAUGAAAAGGAAAACUCUGGACUUUGUCACAGUAGGAAGUAGAUGUGAAUUUAAAUCUAGUUUGACUCAUUCUAUGCUGUUAAACUGAUUCAACCUCUACAAGUCCAGACAGAAAUCUAAGAUUUAAGAGAAUAGCAAACAUAAAAACUUUUACCCAAGUCUCUAAUGUGCACAUCACAGCAGAGGAGACUGGUGGUUUGUAAAAGGGGUUUUAAAAUAAACUUAACGCUGCUAUAGCUUAUUUAGUGUGAAACAUUCACCCCUUCAUUGUGUUGUCUCUGCUAAACAGUAGAUUCUCUGUAAAUAUUUGACAUGAAUUAUAAAUAAAUGCGCUGCAACUGA